AUGUUCACACAUAAGUUUCAACCGGUUCUUGUAGAGGUGCGGGCUCUCUGUAACUACACGGGCAAACCCAACCCUGGGGGCGGUCGCCCUGCCCUGCGCUUUCAGAAAGACGAUGUGAUAAAAAUCUUAAACAAUGAUGCUCAGUGGUGGAAGGGACUACUGAAUGGAGACGAAGGCUGGUUCCCUUCACAGCUAGUUCAAGAAAUAGAAAACAAGAUUCGGAGAAAACCCUCCUAUUUGGAUGUUAAAAUAAGGUCUAGAACUGAUAAUGGAACCCCAAGUAAUGUGGUGGACGAUGACCGCUCAUCCGAUCAGCUCAGUGUGUAUAAUUGGUUCGGCGGUUCAAUGAGUAGAGACACUGCGAACCACAGAAUGGAACACAUGCCAGACGGGACGUUCUUAAUACGAGUGUCAGAAGAUCCAGGAAGGAAAGGCGAGCUCUCCUUGGGUUUUCGGUAUGAUAACCAAGUCCGUCACAUCCGAGUGGAGAAGAAUGCGGAAGGCUUGUUUUAUUUAGCCGAUACUAAAUUCUUUUCUUCUCUUCCUGAAUUAGUAGAGUUCUAUCAAGAUAACUCAUUGGCAGACAGUUUUCCAGGACUGGACACUACCCUGAAAUUUCCUUUCAAAAAUCAAAGUGGAGGAGGUGCUAAUACCCGCAUUCUGGGCUACGCAGAGGCGGUCUACGACUAUGCAGCGACGGCUACGUCUCAGUUAUCCCUGUGUCGCGGGGACAAGGUGGCCAUCCUGAGCAAGACAGGAAAUGAUAAAGGCUGGUGGAAGGGAGAACACUGCAUUUCGGGGAAGAAUGGUUAUUUCCCAUUAGCGUAUGUAAGAGAACUUGACGACGAUUGAUCAGCGAUGAAAGCUAAAAGACGUAUGCAAGACCUCCAAUCACCAUUGUGUUGCUAAUUUUGUAACCAUGUGACCAAGCAAUAUCGGCCAAAAGGAUUUAUUUUCCCGUACACGAUUACAGCAAGUACAGUGCAAGUUGGCGACAACAGCUACUGUGAUUUGUUGUACCCCAUUGACCAGCUUCCCAAGUAGAGCUACCAGAGAACACUCUUUUGUUACACCCUGUGUAUCCACCAUACCUUGCAUUAUUAUUAUUAUUUUUUUUUGUUGCAAAAUGUGCCAUUCUCAUUGAUUUGUAGAUUGACACAUUGUUUAGGAAACUCCGUGUAAAACGUGAAGUCUCUCGUCCGGGGGACGUCUCCUGUACUCUGUGAUAUUUAUAGCAAUUACAUAGUUAACUCUGUUAAUGAAUCAUCACCGCACUGACAGUAUUGUUAUUGACGAGCAGCAAGCAUAAUAACCCUACGUAGUGGAAUAUACAUGUAUGUAUUGUUAUUACAUUCCCCAACCAUUCCAUGCCUGGGAAAUCCUUUUGUCAAUCUUCUCUUGCUGUUCUUUUAGCUUAGAUGCUGUUCUAGAAACGAAGCUUUCCGUCUACUUGGAAUAAGGAAAUUUUGAACUUCACUCAAAUCUAGUCUAAAUGUUAUUUAGCUGCUCUAAGUAAGAUUGCACAAAUGAUAUUAAUUAUAUAUAUUUGCAAACUAAUGCAUUAAUAUUUGCACACUCAUCUUGCCUCUGUAUGAAAUCCACCUGAAAAUGAAGAAUUUUUUUUAGCCUAUUGUACCUCUGACAGAUAAAUUCAAUAAAGUUAGUAUUUGAUUAAGGGUUUAUUGUCCCUCUGCUAAUGGAUAUAACUCUCAUUUGCAGAAAUUUCUGAAAUAAUUUCGUGAGAUUAUGAUGAUAAAGUGAAAUUUCUGUAAAAAUUUGCCCAGCAUGGUGUUCCAGAAUAGGGUGCAUUUAAAUCAUGUAUUUUUUUUUUUUGAAAAUCAUUACCAGUGAAGUAGAAGUUGAUUGGAGAGAAAAGAGAGUUGAUGUACCUUAAAGUAAAGCUCUGAUUUAUUAACAACACAUUUAUAAUUACUUAGUACCAGUUAACAUGGUUUUUUUCAUUUAAUUUUUCAUCCAGAAAGCAUUAAAAGAAACCCUCAUAUAUGUACAACCUAUAUCAUUUCUAGACUUUUACCUUCCCUCAUAUAAUAUGUAUUGUGGAAUCUGUCCAGAAAAAUGUUAACAAAUUUAUCUGUGUACAUUUAUUUGCUUAUAUAAAUAUACAUUUUCUGUGUAUUUUUUCUUCAUUUUGUUAGAAUUUGUUUGUAUUUGAUAGUUUGAUUUCUGUAUCCAGGCUAAUAUAAUGGCAUAAGAAACAAGCUUGAAAGUUGAAACUGGUAACUACUAAGACCUUUGUGAAAUUAAUUAAUUAAUGGUGACACCAGAUAUAUGUAUAUUUCAUUUGUAUUAUAAGGUUAACGACAUUAUUAUUUACCACCUACUGAUUAUAGAAAUAAAAUUCAAUAUGUCUCUGUUUUCAUUUUAUGAAAACUAAUUUAUUUUAAAUUAAAAAUUCAUGAUUAAUUGAUGAAGGAGUUGUGUCUCUAUACUGUACAACGUUUUUACUUUGAAGCGGUUUGUUUAUCAUUAUAAUCAUAGUAUUGAAUAAAGGUGUGAUCCGAUUCUUCCAUACAGUUGGUAUUAAAUCAAUGUACUGAUUAACUAUCAAAGUUUGUUUUGUGUAUUUGUAAACAGCCCCCCCCCCAUUACUACAGGUAUACAAAGAAGUCAAAAUAUGUUAUCACCAUAGCUGAUCAGUUAUCUUGAUAAGUUGGGAUGAUUUGUUG